GUGCUCUGCUUUGCUUGGCCGACGGUGACGGACGGGCGCUCUCAGCCAAUGGCCUGGCGGGGAAUCAGCUGACGGCUCUGGACAGCGCCAGGUGUUUUCCUCGUCUUCUUCUCCAUCCGCGCGAGGAGGAGCAGGCGGCGGCGGCAGCGGCAGCGGCAGCGGCAGCGGCAGCGGCAGCGGCAGCGGCGGCGGCGCCCGAGCGGAAGACGAACGCGGCGACACAGCGGUCGGCGGAGGCUCGGAGAAGGUCGGAGAGCGAGCUACAGGCAGCGCCAUGCGUCUCUCUGAGACGCCCUGGGACUGAUCGGACGCGCAGGCGACAGAUCGCCGUAAACAGGAGUCAGGCGAAGUCAGUAGGAUACAAAAACUAGCUGUUCCGUUAUUUGAAGGGAGCCUGAUCACUUUGCACGACAAGAUUCCUCCCAACCUCCCGCUGCGUCUUUUGAUGCGUUUACUGGAUAGAGGACGCGUGCGCGUGGGACCGUUGGACUGGAAUGCCAACAAGAUUGUCCUGUGGCUUUAAAGACCUGACUUGUCCUGACUAUUUGACUGGACUGAAAGACCGAAUCAGCGGAAAGUCUGGUUGAUGACCAUAGCACAUGUCCCAAAAUCACUGGACUCUUCUCCUGUCCUUUCCCAACAUGGCUAGACGGACGUUAGAAUGCUUUCCUCUGGGUCAGGCGUUCGCUGGCCUAAUCCUGGUAUUGACAGGACUUUCCUUUGUCCAGACCAACGAGUGCCCCCAGCUUUGUGUUUGUGAGAUUCGACCCUGGUUCACCCCACAGUCCACCUACAGAGAAGCCAUCACUGUGGACUGCAAUGACCUUCGCUUAACACGCAUUCCAGGGAACCUCUCCAGUGACACUCAGGUGCUCCUUCUACAGAGCAACUACAUUGCUAGGACCAGUGAAGAGCUGGAGCAGCUCUUCAAUCUCACUGAACUGGACUUAUCCCAAAACAACUUCAGCAGCAUUCGGGAUGUUGGCCUUACUAACAUGUCCCAGCUCACCACGCUUCAUCUGGAGGAAAAUCAGAUCACAGAAAUGCCUGAUUACUGUCUGCAGGAUCUCAGCAACCUGCAGGAGCUCUAUAUAAACCACAAUCAGAUCAACACCAUCUCUGCAUAUGCCUUUUCUGGGCUCCACAAUUUGCUCAGGCUUCACCUCAACUCCAACAAGCUCAAGACCAUCAAGAGCCAAUGGUUUGAAUCUACUCCAAAUCUGGAAAUUCUCAUGAUAGGAGAGAAUCCUAUUGUUGGAAUAAUGGACUUUAAUUUUAAGCCUCUGGGCAAUUUAAGAAGUCUGGUUUUGGCUGGAAUGGUUUUGUCAGACGUCCCUGGAAAUGCCUUUGUGGGACUUGACAACCUUGAAAGUCUUUCCUUCUAUGAUAAUAAGCUGGGCAGGGUUCCCCAAAAAGCCCUUCAAAAGCUACCAAAUCUAAAGUUUUUGGAUUUGAACAAAAACCCAGUUCACAAAAUUGAGGAGGGAGACUUCAAGAACAUGCUGAGGCUAAAGGAGCUUGGCAUAAACAACAUGGCCGAGCUAGUUUCUAUUGAUCGUUUUGCUUUGGAUAACCUUCCUGAGCUCACAAAGCUGGAGGCUACAAACAAUCCGAAAUUCUCCUACAUCAACCGUCAAGCCUUUCGUGACGUGCCAGCUUUGGAGAGUCUCAUGCUCAACAGCAAUGCCUUGAAUGCUCUGUAUCAGUCCACUGUGGAUUCCCUCCCCAAUCUGCGUGAGAUCAGCAUCCACAGCAACCCCCUUCGCUGUGACUGCGUCAUUCAGUGGAUGAAUUCAAACAAAACCACAGUUCGCUUUAUGGAACCUUUGUCCAUGUUUUGCGCCACGCCAGCAGAACUCAGGGGUCUGCAGGUGCAAGAGGUGCUGCAGAAGAAUUUAGCAAAGCAGUGCUUGCCCAUGAUUUCUCACGAUACUUUCCCCAGCCACCUCAAUUUGGACAUUGGCAUGAGUGUAGACUUGGACUGCAGAGCGGUUUCCCAACCUGAGCCUGAGAUAUACUGGGUCACACCAAUGGGAAACAAGAUAAUGAUGGAUUCCCUAUCCGAUAAGUACAGCCUCAACAGCGAAGGGACGUUGAGGAUUUCACAUGUCCAAGUAGGCGACUCUGGUAGAUAUACCUGCGUGGCUCAGAACUCCGAGGGCGCUGACACGAGAGUGACGGCCCUGCAAGUGAACGGCACCUUGUUAGACAGCGCACAGCUUAUGAAAAUCUACGUCAAACAGACGGAGUCUCACUCAAUCCUGGUAUCGUGGAAGAUAAACUCAAAUGUAAUGACGUCCAACCUCAAGUGGUCCUCUGCCACAAUGAAAAUAGACAACCCACAUAUUACUUACACUGCCAGAGUCCCUGUGGACGUCCACGAGUACAACCUCACCCAUUUACAACCAGCAACCGAGUACGAGGUGUGCCUCACCGUCUCCAACAUCCACCAACAGACACAGAAGUCGUGUGUGAACGUGACGACAAAGCAGACCACCUUCACUGUGGAAAUAUCCGACCAAGGAACCAACACUGCUCUCGCAGCAGUCAUGGGAACGAUGUUUGCAAUCAUCAGCCUCACCUCCUUGGGUGUAUACAUUGCUAAAAGGUGGAAGAGGAAAAACUAUCACCACUCUCUGAAGAAGUACAUGCAGAAAACGUCGUCUAUCCCGCUAAAUGAGCUGUACCCUCCCCUUAUCAACUUGUGGGAAGCAGACAGUGACAAGGAGAAGGAGGGUUCCUCCGAGGCCAAACCCAGUCAGGUGGAUACCACACGCAGUUACUACAUGUGGUGAAAGCUACUAACAAUCCAGUGGGAGACAGAGAGACUUGUUUCUUUUAGGAGCACAAACACACCUAUUUGCUUCUUUACUUUUUUUCGUCACCCCUUUGUUUAAUUCUGUUCGUUCAGACUUCGCUCUCAGGAGCAAACAAACAUUUUCAGCAUAUUUCCUUCUCACGUCUCGCCUGUUCUGACACACUAUGGCAGCUUUGUUUGGCUUCCUGGACUUUCGUAGUCACUGUGCUUUAUUUUUAGUACUUGUUUUGAUGAACACAGCAUGAGCAUUGUCACGGAUUCAGUGUGCAGAAAAGCUGAAAUCCAACCAGUUUUUGACAUGUUUACUCUGGCAGAACUAUCACAGACUGCAAUCCUUCUUUUCUAUGUAAAACAGUUUCACUGUUGACUGUUGUGCACUGAAAUAUAUAUAUAAAUAUAUAUAUAUAUCAAUUAGUCUACCAUCUCAAAUAUAAGCUGACAAAGUACAUUGAGACUUGAUAUACUGUCUACUGAGUAAUGUUAACAAUUCUUCUGUAAUGUUGUAUCAGCUAUGACUUAAUUUCCUUUUUUGUACAUGAAUAAACUGUAUGAUUGAUUUAGAUGUUAAGUUUGCAGAACUACUGUAAACCAGCAAUAGAAAUAUGAAUGUUAUAACCUAGGUAAAUAGAUGUAAGGCUUUCUAAAUUUCUUAAAUAUUUUUUCUUUAUUUUGCUAGAUAAUGUCUACAAUCACUGGUUUUGUUGUGGCUUCCACACACAAACACGUUUAUUGAGGGGACAAUUCAAUAAAAUCUUUCUUUCUUUCGUCCUA